CCCGUCAAUGUUGUCUCGGCGGAGGAGGAGUUAGCUUGGAGGCUAACGGGGCUAGCUUAGCUUCACGCUCACGCUUGACGUCCCACGCCGCCACAAGCGCUCGCAAAGGCGGUCACGGCGGCCGAGAGGUGCCGCCAUGGUCGCCGGUCGGUGCCCCCGCCAGGCGGCCCGCAAGCCAGGAGGACUUUGUCGGCUGUGUUGGAGGCCGCUAGCCGCGCUGAGCUAACGUGUGUCAAGAUAGUGACGAUGAGUGAAGAAAUGUCUCCUGACUUCCUGUUGAUGCGCCUCGUCUCCGCGGCAGAGUACGACCACCUGGACCACCUGGACCACCUGCAACACCUGGACCACCUGCAACACCUGGACCACCUGCAACACUUGGAACAACUGGACCACCUGCAACACCUGGAACACCUACAACACCUGGAACAACUGGACCACCUGCAACACGUGGACCACCUGGACCAGCCCCAACCUUUCAUGUCCGGGAAAGCCGGGCUGGGUCACAGCGGCGACCCCCUGCCGGCCCUCGGCUUGGCCUCCCCGCACUACUCGCCUGUGCGCAGCAAAGGUGAGCUGAAAUGCGGGCUGCUGUUGAGGGAGCCUCCCCCGGGCUCCGAGUUUCCGCCGUCCCGCCCACCCACGGAGGAUUUUGCGGUCGCCGCUCAGUGCUUCGUGGAUUUCCACGAGGAGCCUGAGUCCAGGGCGCAGUUGAUGGUGAUCCAGAACUUGCUUCGCUCCUCUGACCCGAUCCUAGAGAGGCCCCCGCCUUCGGGGUUCCUGCGGGUGGGAGGGGGGAGACAGCGGUUGGACUCGGACUCGGGUUCCUAUCCGGCUACUCCCAGACAGGACCAGGACCUCCACUGCGUCCUGUCCUCAGAGAAGAACCCUCAGUGGCGUGCAAAAGGCUCCCAGCCGGAGCGGGGUGUUCCCCCUUGCGAGUCGCUCAUUUUCCGCCGGCACCGCCAGGCUAAGUGGCCCCCAGGCCUGCUGGACCAGGCCCUGUCUCUGGGCUUUCUGGAUGCCAGGAAGAAGGACUCUGGGGUGGCUUUGGACCCGCUGGGGGAGGACAAGGCCACAAGUAUGGAAAGGGACCAGACGGACCACCCGCUCCCUCGGUGCUUCUGUCACCUGGACCCUGGGAAUCAGGGAGUGGUACUAGGAGAAGACCCGAGCCAGACCAGCGAUGCCCUGCUGGUCCUGGAGGGGUUGGGACGGCCUGGAGGGGAGGUGUCUGGGGAAGUGGGGACACACAGAAGGCUGGGACCUUUGUUCUCCGGCAGGACCCUCAGUGGACUGAUGGAACAGGUCCACAGGCUGGCGGGGGAGGCAGGCGUCUGCGCCAGUCAGACCUGGGGGCCCUCGCUGGACCUUCACGCUCCCGCAUGCUCCAAACUUCCUCCAAGCCAAAGUCUCUCGUGCUGUGCCCACCUGUCUCCCAGCCCAGACCCCCAACCCUACCAGUGCCCUUCGCAGCCACACAGCACCCCCAAGCCUGGUCUGGGCCGAUCCACCUCCCCUCUGUUGGUCCUGAAAGGUGACCUUGGGGCAGAGAGGACGUCCAGGUCAAAGUCCAGGAAAGGCGGGUCCCUGAAGGUCCGACUCUGCAAACUGUUCAGAACCAAGAGCUCCGGGGGGGGGCCAGCGGGGCUCCUGGACAAGAGGCCGUCCCUCGCGUGGUCCACCUUGUCGGGGGGGAGUCUGGUGGACGUGUGGGUGUCCAACAUGGAGGAAGGUGGCAGGCGCCAGACCUGCACGCCGCCGUACGCAGCAGGUGAGACGGUGUCCCUGCUGGAUGUGGACUUCCACUCCCCUCGCCCCCCCACUCCUCCUCCCCCACCCAGACGGAGCCUCAGUCUGCUCGAUGGUCUGGGAGGGGCCGCUGUGCCGCGGGGUUCGUCGCUGAGGUGCAACGAGGGGGCAUCAAUGCGGUCGCUGCCCCCCCGGCCAGUGGCCCCGCCCCCCUCCCUGAGCGUCAGCGGCGAGGCGCUGUCGGUCCUCCGGGCAUCGCCCGGGCCCGUCCAGCGGCGGCCCGACGUUCGGCCCCUCCCUCCGCGGCCUGGCCCUCGCCAGGCGGGGAACCUGGCCAGCAGCCUGCGGGAGCUGCAGAAGUGCGGCUGGUACUGGGGCCCCAUGACCUGGGAGGAUGCCGAGAUGAAGCUGAAGGCCAAGGCGGACGGCUCCUUUCUGGUCCGGGACAGUUCCGACCCUCGCUACAUCCUGAGUCUGAGCUUCAGGUCGCAGGGCGUGACUCACCACACGCGCAUGGAGCAUUACCGAGGGACCUUCAGUCUCUGGUGUCACCCCAAGUUUGAGGACCGCUGCCAGUCCCUGGUGGAGUUCAUCGAGCGAGCCAUGGCGCACUCCAAGGACGGGAAGUUCCUGUACUUCCUGCGCUCCCGAGUCCCAGGUCUGCCGCCCGCGCCGGUGCAGCUGCUGUACCCCGUGUCACGCUUCAGCAGCAUCAAGUCCCUGCAGCACCUGUGUCGCUUCUGCAUCCGCCAGCUGGUCCGCAUCGACCACGUCCAGGACCUGCCCCUGCCCAGGACGCUGAUCGCGUACCUGCGCAGGUUCUACUACUACGACCCCGAGGAGGAGGUGGGCCCGCCUCCAGAAGAGCGGCAGGAGGCCUGGAGCACGUGAGUGACGUGUUCCAGGUACAAGUGUAAACAUUUCCAACAUGGACGCUCCCAACUGCCCACCGGACAGCCAAUCAGCUCCCUGCGCUCAGUCCUGUAGACCGGGGGGUGCGGGGGGGGGGGGUGGACUUGUGCCGCCCAGCACCUCUAUUGGCUGGGGAGGUCACGUGACCUCCCCUGACGCCAUGGCUAGCAAGAAUGCUAAAGGUACAGAAGCUAAUGUGAACGUGCACGCUAAAGUGGGCGGAGCUCUCCCGGCGCCCACAUGGACUCUGUGGCCUGUUGAUGUCAUGUGACUGGGGAAAGAUGAUGUCAUGAUUGUGAGCUCAAUAAAAGUGGGCGUGGCUUCCCUGUUUUUGCCAAGGUCAAA